AUGCCUGUCUACGUCGUCACCGGAGCUCGCACCGGCAUUGGCCUCGGCUACAUCCGCGAGCUCGCCAAAUCCCCCGCCAACACCGUCUUUGCGCUGGUGCGGUCCCUUUCGGGCGACCUCACCGCCCUACGCGCCAUCCAGACGCCGGCGCAGGCCACAAUCCACAUCUUGGAAUGCGACAUCUCCUCGUCCGAGUCCAUCGCCGCCCUUCCCUCCCUCCUCACCGCCAAAGUUCCCGAUCUCAAGAUCGACGUCCUCAUCAACAACGCCGCGGUCCUGCACUCGCGCGAGGAAACCGCCCUGACCCUGUCCGCGUCGGCCCUGCACUCCCACUUGACAAGCAACGUCCUCGGCCCCGCCUUGACGCUGCAAGCCCUCCUGCCGUUGCUGUCCCCCGCCGCGCGCGUCGUCAACGUCACCUCGGGCAUCGCGAGCAUGACCAUGGUGCUGGACGGGCGGAUCAACGCCGAGAUCACGCCGUACAGCAUCAGCAAGGCGGCGCUGAACAUGCUGACGGUACAUCAAGCGAGGCAGUUAAGGGAGGGCGAGGAUGGGAAGUGGAAGGGGGUUGUGGUUGUGUGUGUUGACCCGGGCCAUGUCAAGACUGAGAUGGGCGGGCCCAAGGCGAGUGUUGAGGUGGAGGAUAGUGCGAGGGGGACGUUGGGGGUUAUUAAAGGGUUGAAGGAGGGGGAUAGUGGGAGGUUUCUGAAUUUUAGAGGGGAGGUGUUGGAGUGGUGA